GGUAGUAACAGUGUGUCCGUGGUGCGGUGGUGGACACACACUGGAUGGGACAGGGCAGCUCUACAUGGGGGACGCAGGCGACAGCGGCUGGUACCAAAACACUCCUACUGACCGUAGAGACCACACCGCACUCUGGAUACAUCACCGGGGGCUUUACCGUGCUCCCUCUGUUGGGAUUUGACUUGAUGAAAUAACCGAGCCGAGCAUGAACACAUCGCGUUUGAGGUAACCAGAGGAUUUGAUCCCUGUUCGAUACCCCCCCACACACACACAGACACAGAGAGGGAGGGAGGGCCAUGCUCAGACACUCCGCCGCUUUGUGAUCACCGUCGUCGCUGUGCGUGUUUUCAGUGUCUCCUUCUCUGAGCGAUGGACUGACCAAAUAACUCUCUGGAUGAUUUGAUGGGGCUGCUCAGAGUCAUGAUGCCGCCCAAGUUGCAGCUGUUGGCGCUGCUGGCGUUCGCAGUGGCCAUGUUCUUCCUGGAGAACCAGAUCCAGAAGCUGGAGGAGUCCCGGGGGAAGCUCGAACUAGCCAUCGCCAGACACGAGGUGCGAGAGAUCGAGCAGCGGCACACGCAGGACGGUCUGCGGGAACGGGAUUCGUCGGCCUUGACGCUGUCCGAGGGCGAUGACGACAUCGUCAUCAUCUACAACCGCGUGCCCAAGACGGCCAGCACCUCCUUCACCAACAUCGCCUACGACCUGUGCGGGAAGAACCACUAUCAUGUCCUGCACAUCAACACCACAAAGAACAACCCGGUCAUGUCCAUACAGGACCAGGUACGGUUUGUAAAGAAUGUGACUGAGUGGAGGGAAAUGAAGCCGGCCUUCUACCACGGACACGUCUCCUUCCUGGACUUCACCAAGUUUGGCGUGAAGAGGAAGCCCAUCUACAUAAACGUGAUCCGGGACCCCAUUGAACGGCUGGUGUCCUAUUAUUACUUUCUGCGUUUCGGGGAUGACUACCGGCCGGGUUUGCGACGCAGGAAACAAGGAGACAAGAAGACGUUUGAUGAAUGUGUAUCAGCCGGCGGCUCAGACUGCGCUCCCGAGAAGCUCUGGCUCCAGAUUCCCUUCUUCUGUGGUCACUACUCCGAGUGCUGGAACGUGGGCAGCCAGUGGGCUCUGGAGCAGGCCAAAUACAACCUGGUGAAUGAAUACAUGCUGGUGGGAUUAACAGAAGAGCUGGAGGACUUUGUCAUGAUGCUGGAGGCCGCGCUGCCACGCUUCUUCAAAGGAGCCACUGAGCUGUACAAAACAGGGAAGAAAUCCCACCUGAGGAAGACCAGCGAGAAGAAGCCGCCCACGAAGGAGUCGAUCGCCAAGCUGCAGCAGUCAGCCAUCUGGAAGAUGGAGAACGAAUUCUACGAGUUUGCACUGGAGCAGUUCCAGUUUGUCAGGGCACAUGCUGUCAGAGAAAAGGACGGGGAGCUCUACCUGCUGGCACAAAACUUCUUCUAUGAGAAAAUCUACCCCAAAAACUGAAGAGGCACAUGUCUGUAGAAGAGGACACUUGGUACAGGCUCAGUGCAGUCUGAGAUGGAAAAAGAGAAGGAAAGUGAGACUAAUGGACGACAGGUGACUGUGUGGCUGGUUUGUGAUUAACAAACAUAACAUGGAGCUGCAGAACAACCUGCCUCUGGUGACAGCUGCCUUAUACACGUCUGUGCCCGCCAACUGGACAAGGAGCUUGUGUUUUCGUCGGUAGGUUGUGUUCCCAGCAGCCCCCGGGCCUCCACUCCACUUCACUUCCAUGUCAAAGGUCGCCUGGACAGAGAACCUCUGCCGCGACUUGUCCGGAGACACAUCGUCCAACGACUGGUCGGACCUCAACUCCUGAUUGGCUUCUCUGUUCUCCGACCCAGACAAAACAUUUUCAUUGGCUCUGUACGGUUUGGUUGUGUUUGGUUGUUAUUUAACUCUUUCCUAAAGUGACACAACAUCUCCAUGCAUCACCUCCACUACUACUAACUUAAAGAGAUUUUAAGUGUAAGAAACUGACUACUGUGCUGUUUUAUUGGACUUGAAUGAGAACUUUUGAGGUUUUUAUGAAAUAAAAAUCCAGCGACCAUGGACUAUUUACUGGGACAAGUGCGUAUGUUUUAUACUGUACUUGAUGUGUUUUGUUGGAUGUAACUGCGCAGCUUUGCCCAGCGGCUAUUCCUCCGUAAAGAAGAAAAGCCGUGACAGUAUUGAAAUGUGUAAGAACAAUUUAAGGAUGCUGCUGCUGUAAAUAUUUACUACUUUUUCCAGUCUGAUUCAGUCACAUACUGAUUUGUUACAGUCUAAGAUUAACCCAUUUAUACAGUCAGUUUGUAUAUUUACUUCAACUCUUUCAUUUCACUUUUUAGUUUCCACUUAAUUUUCUGCCUUUCUCUUUUCAUUGUAGAACCAGAUAGUCUGGAAUGUGCCAACAUUUAGGGAAAUGCUUUCAUUUGCUUUCUUGUCAAGAGUUUUAUCUGGAGAUCGAUACCACUCUAAUAUCAUUCCUUUCGAUAAAACGCUUCAGCCAGCAGCAGGUUAGCUUAGCUUAGCAUAAAGACUGUAAACAGGGGGAACAGCUAGCCUGACACUUUUCCCGUAACACCGCAAACUUGUUGUUUUUACACAUCAGCUUGUGUACACAUUAACCUCACAUGAUACAAGUGUUAAUUAGUGAUCUUAAAGUCUGCCUACAGAGUGGUAUCAAUCUUCUCAACUAAUUGACAGGAAAGCAACUAUGCGUAUUUCCAUAAAAUGUUGAACUGUUUAAUUAAAUCGUUGCUGUUUUCUUUGCAGUUCUCCCCAUAAAAGAUGGAAGGUUGGUAAUAACUUUGCUUAUUUGCUUGUGUAGUUGUCAUCUCUCGUUUCUUGACGGUCGGGUUUAUUGGGGUUUUAAAGGCCUUUUAUUGGCUGAUUAAAGUUCUUGUCUACACUUCAUAAACUGCUAAGUAAAAGCUGGAAACGUUUAAAGUGACAUAAUGUUGUCCCCUCAACUAAUUCACCUGGAAGAGUUUCACAGAUGUUUUUUUUUUACCAGAUGUACAGCCACAUCACAAUUCAUGAAGUAUUUAAAUAUACAUAUGAAAAGGUACUCGUGUUAAUCUGAGGACAAUCUGUAAUUGCCGCUCAGUUUUUGUGUGCCUUCUACACACCCAGCUCUCCUUGUGUUGCAGAUUAAAAACAAACAUGGCUGUUAUCAUCUUUUGAUGCCAAACGAAAUACAUGGAACUUUUUUUUUAAACUACCAGAGAUGCAUGUGUGUUCUUUGAUUGAAUGUUAUUGUUGUUG